CAGUAGGAUAUUUCAACUAUAAAAGCUUUAGACAUUGUAGGUAUUGCAGUUCAGUUCUACCUUCAUUUUAUUUCAGUAAACAUAUUUUCAAAAGGAGGAAUCUGGUAGAGACUUCAAUGAAUUUCUUCAUCGGAUUGCUCAUCGCAGCCAUUGCGGCAACAGCAUCAGCUGUUUAUUACCCACCGUCAGUUCCUUCGUCAGAAGUUGAAGAGUCGCAUUAUGCAUACCAAUUGAAGAGUUUCCGGCAAGAACUGGACGAGUGCGCCGAGUACCUGCAAAUUUCGUCACAAUCCGUGGACAACCUUGUGGCCAGCAACUACGUAACGGAUGAUUCGAAUUUGAAGUGUUUAAUUCGAUGUGCCGGUAUUAACGCUGGAUGGUGGGGUGUUGGAGGUAAUUAUUCCGGACUGCACGCCCCUGUUAUCGAAAGCUACUUCCAGCCAGCUUGUGACGAUACCUGUUAUGCUAAACGUACUAAGGAAUGUUUGGAUUCUAAAGUGAUCAAAUGUCAAGACGAUUGCUCUCAGGCAUAUGAAUCGUUCUUGUGCUACUACCACCAGUAUGGAAACCUCAAGAGUUCCGAAGAAUACAUCCCACUGCCGCAGUUGGAUGCCAUCCAGGCUGCCAUUGAUUGUAUACUUAUUCUGCGUACGCCGUCAGAACUGCUUGAGCAAUACAGCCAGGGAGUUUUCCCAGCGGCUCCUGAAACUCAAUGUUUGUACCGUUGCCAAUACAUAGCCGAAGGACUUUACGAUGGAGUUACAAUCAACUUGACUCGUAUCUAUAUUCGUAACUGGUAUGCGGAAAACCCAACACCGAUAAAAAGCCCGGAAACUCAGGCAUGUAUAGAUUCUGCAUUGAAUAACAAUGCUUGCAACGAAUGCGCUCGAGUCUACAAAGCUAGUUCUUGCACUGAUAAUUAUGCUAAUCCUCAUCAUACAUCUGCGAUUUUGGAAGCUGCCUCAAAAUUGGUUUUGUCUCAAAAAACUUGCAACGAUGAAGACCUGUCUCCCAAAUACAACGCAGGAACUCCUGAACCAACACCAUGUCAAAAUUCGACUGUCACCCCCGAUCCCCCAGCAGCUUCACCAUAUUGACCAAUUUGACCAUUUGAAAGAUUGUUACGAAUGAAUCUACAUAUAAUGACUAUGCAAUAUAAAUAUAUGCGUAUUAAUUGAGCAUUACGUUCUGACGUUUUUUAUAAUUACUCUUUAUUUUUUAAGCCCCUUCAGAAUAAAAUAUCAUGAUGUAGUAAGGUGGAGCCUAGGUUGGGACAAAGUUUGACAUCCGUUGGAGAAUUAAAAUUCCA